UAUUUGUGUAGGGUUGAUUAAAUUUGGUAAUUAGUUUUUAUUUAUUUUUCCAUAUUACCCUUACGAAUAGUAACAUGUUGAGCAGGUUACUACCUAGUGUAUUGAAGCAUUUCUCUAUAUUUGUUUGUUUGUUUUUUUUUUUCUUUAUUGAACAUGAAAAGAUAAUAUUUUGGCCUUGGUUGGAUGAACUUAGGUUUUCUUUUUUUGUUUUUAAACUUGGCUUCUAUGUGACCAAAUGUGCCUGCAGCUGCUUUCUGUUUUCUUUGUUAUUGUUGGUUAGCGUGCAAUGCUCUGAUCAGAUGCCAAAUAGCCUCGUCUAAUUAUUGUUUAGAAAAAAAAAAGGACAUAGAAGCAAGAAGAAAUUAGUGCUUUCUUUUUGUUCCUUGUCGCAAACAAUCUGUCACUUGUGGAAAGAAGCAAUCAAGCCUAACCUCAUGUGAAAGUAUAUAUUUUUUCUUUCUCUUUUUUGUGAAUUACAAUGUUUGAUGUUGUUAGAUAUACGAACAACCAUUAUUCUCUAAAAGUUUAAGCUGCAAUAAUACGAUGUUCUUAAGAAAGAAAUUAAUAAUGCUGAGAGGCUGAUGGGACUCGAACUCAGGACUUCUGCCGCUCAAAAUACUAUAGUAAUGUUUAUAGGUUUAGCCCUAUUUUAUCUUAUAUAUAGGACUAUUCUAAAUCCCUACGGUGUCACAUUCUUCUCCCUUUUAAACCCCGAUAUUCUCGCUGGGCUCAAGCACCCGCCCUGACAUUCCCGUUAGGCUCGAGCACCCUUGUCACAUUCCUCCCCCUUAUGCCCUAACAUUUCCGUGAGGCUCGAGCACCCACCCUGACAUUUAGAUUCUGACUCAGUCGGGACUCAUCUCUCUCAGUGCUCAGUCGAGACUCAUCUCACACUUCAGGAUUGGAUUGCUGCUAUAACAGUAUAACAUCGCAACAGCAGAGUUAGGCAGCAUGGCCGAAGCUGCGGUGUUUCAUGUACUCAACAAGAUUGCAGCUUCGUUGGCAGGUACAAUAAGCGAUGAAUUAGUCAAAGAAGUGUCGGCCUUGCUAGCAGUCAAGAACAGCAUGAAACAAAUCAAGAGCGAGUUUGCGGUGAUGCGAGCCUUUGUAAGUCAAGUCAACGCAUACGAUUCUCGUAACGAAACCUUGGCGGCGUGGCUCGAACAAGUCAAGAAGGUUGCAUUCGAAGUCGAGGAUAUAAUCGACGAGUACACUUAUCUCGUUGGGAAAGAAAACGUCAGCAGCUUCUGGAAUUCCCUGAAGCAAGCGUUUCGUCAUUCGAAAAACAUCGCCGCAUGGCACGGUAUCGCCGAUCAGCUCAAACAGGUGGAAACUCGUCUAGAGAGGCUCACAAAAAUGAGACACCGGUACGGCAUUUCAGUGAGAGAAACCGCGUCGAAUUCCACUGCUCUUAGGCAGCGGCGAGCGUUCGAUAUUCCGCACUUGAGCAACGAAGACGAGAUCGUGGGGAAUGAUGAGGAAACCAAAAGGUUGAUUGAAUGGCUGACCGACGGGAGGGAAGCUCGCGCCGUCAUUUCCAUUUCGGGCAUGGGAGGGUUGGGUAAAACAACGCUGGCGAACAGCAUUUUCAAGAAUCCGACAGUUAAACGCCACUUCAACUGGAGCGUAUGGAUCUCCGUCUCGCAAAGCUAUCGAGUCGAAGAUCUACUGCGAAGGAUCUUAACACACAACACGGGCAAAAACGAGGAGAUUCUAAAUGGCAUCGACACUAUGGACCGGAUUGAACUAGCGGAGAAGGUUCAAAUCUAUCUGCGGGAAAAAAGGUACUUGAUCGUCUUAGAUGAUGUUUGGAGCAGAGACCCCUGGUCUUCGUUGGAUCACGCGUUCGUGAGAAACAAUUUCAGGAGCAGAGUGAUCAUCACGACGCGGACGGAAGAUGUGGCUUCGUUGGCGGACGAGAAUCGCCGCUUACGGCUUAGCACUUUGCCGAAGGAGGAAGCGUGGGAUCUGUUCUGCAAGAAAGCGUUCUCGAAGCUCGCGGAGAAAUGCUGCCCGGAGGAUCUUAAGGACUGGGCUGAAAAGAUUGUGGACAAGUGCCAAGGGUUGCCGCUCGCUGUCGUGGCGAUCGGCAGUCUGUUAUCCUACAGACGGCAGCAGGAGCAGGAGUGGAAGUCGUUCUACGAUCAGCUUAGCUGGCAGCUGACGAACAAUCCGGAGCUGAACUGGGUGGCGAGCGUUCUAAAUCUCAGCUUCGACAACCUGCCGAGCUAUCUAAAGAACUGCUUUCUGUACUGCGGCCUAUUCCCAGAGGAUUAUCUGAUAAAGCGGAAAUGGUUGAUCAGGCUGUGGACGGCCGAAGGAUUCAUCGAAGAAAGGGGGCCGGAGACGACAAUGGAGGAAGUGGCCGACGGCUACGUGAAGGAACUCGUUCAUCGAUCGAUGCUACAGGUCGUGGAACGGAACGACUUUGGAAGAGCGAAAACGCUUCAAAUCCACGAUCUCGUGAGGGAAAUAACUCUGACCACGUCGAGAAAGGAAAAAUUUGGGAUCGUGUGCAACGGCCCGGGGGCAACGGUGUUGAGGGAACAAGCUCGUCGCGUGUCCGUUCAUAAAGACGGAUUGACCUCACAACCAAAUGGAAAUUUACGACAGCUUCGCUCGUUUAUUUUGUUCGAUAAACAACUGCCGCCAUCUAGUAUCGAAAACGCUUCAUCAAGUUUCAAGUUACUGAGGGUGCUCUGCUUGCGACACGCCAAGAUGGAGCAGAUCCCGGACGCGGUGUUCGAUUUGUUCAACCUGCAUUAUCUGGACUUACAAUACACGGAGGUGAAGAGCAUCCCGAAGUCGCUGGGGAAGCUCCAGAACCUGCAGACGCUCGACCUGAACGUGACCCGCGUGGAGAAACUGCCGCGUGAAGUCGCGACGCUGACGAAGCUGCGGCACCUGUUCGUGAGCUGCUACUACGACUUCGAGUGCAGAAUUUUCGACUGCUUCAGCGCGGUGUCGGUCCCGCACGACAUCUGCCGCCUGAAAGGCCUGCAGACGCUGCUCAACAUCAAAGCCGACAAGUUCUUGAUGCAGAACAUCGGAAGCUUAACGUCACUACGUAAUCUUUUUGUCAUGAAAGUGCGAGGCGCCUACUGCACGGAGUUGUGGGCCUCCCUGAAAAUGAUGCCCGGGCUCGUCACGUUGGGCGUCGUCGCGAGCGACAAAGACGAAUUGCUUCGUCUGGACAGCGUGCACCCGCUGCCGAGCCUGCAUAAGCUCUACUUGCAAGGAAGGCUGGACGAGGACGAGGCUCCGACCGUGUUCGCCAGCUUCGGAAGGCUCCGAGACCUGGCACUAGGCUGGUCAGGGCUGCAGAAUGAUCCAUUGCAUGCCUUCUCGCACAUGUCGAGCCUCGUAAACCUCCAGCUCUACCGGGUCUACAAGGGGCCGCGGUUGAGCUUUCGCGCCGGCUGGUUUCCUAGGCUGAAAAACCUGUUUUUAGCCGACAUGGCGCAAGUGAGUGUUAUUGAUAUCGAAGACGGAGCCAUGGAAAGCUUGUAUCAGCUGCGGCUUAUCGGCCUGUCGAGCUUGACGGCUGCACCGGCGGGUGUCGUUUACCUGCAGUCGCUGCAGGAGAUGUAUCUCACCGAUAUGCCGCAGGAGUUCAUUGGGAGCCUCGAAACAAGUGAAUUUCCAGAAUAUUUGUCAAUAUAUAUAUUUUGAUAUUGUUUUUAUUCUUCUUGCAUCCACGCACUACUAAUACUCUAAUUAAUCCAAAUAUUAUCUCAUUGGCUACAUUGCACUUUUGGUCCUCAAUCUAUGCAACAUGUGACAUUUUGGUCCUCAAAUUUGAAUUUGUUAUAAUAUUUAGUACGUA